AAGCGUUGUACUGUAGAGCUGCAGAGUGACAAAAAAAGCUUAGUCUAAAGCUUGUUUUUAAAAAUAUGAAGAAAAAAAAAGGUGUUUGACUUGUGCUUCCCUGUUGGUUUCAGACUCGCGUGUCUUCACGUAAUAAGACAGGGUCGGUGGUCUUAAGUUAAAAAUAGCUUCUCCCACUUCCUUUUAUUAAAUAACACCACCCUAUAUAACUAGUGCAUGCUAAUUUAAAAGGCACGUGAGUGAAUUAAAGCGUAAAAUAUGGCGGUUAGACACACAAGCCUGUUUUAUAUGUAAAUAUGUCAUUCAGAGUCUCUUCCUCUGACUCAAUGUUGCAGCGUUUUGUGGUGAGAAAAGCAGAAUGAUGGCGAUGGGGAAGCUAACGUUAGCAUUGCCUGACUGAGAGUCAGACUAGCGGCUUUAGCUUCACCGGGCGCGGCUGAAUAACAGCGACAAUCGUCGCGGGGACCUAAGCAGACUGAGGCGGAGGUGACGGUACCUGUUCGGCCGAAGGACCGGACUGCUUUCCUCCAGAGCUGCCGCUCGACUUGCUAACCGUGCUGCUGCUGUUGGCUGCCAUCUUGGAAGGGUGUUGCUGAGACGGACCCCAGGCUGGAAGUGCAGAGGAUGUCUCACUCCCUGGCUGCAGUCUGUCAGGUCACGGCCACCCCAGACAAAGAGGCCAACUUCUCUGCCUGCAAGCAGCUGGUGGAGGAAGCCAAACAGCGAGGAGCGAGCAUGGUCUUUCUGCCUGAAGGCUUUGACUACAUCGGAUCCAGUCGUGAGGAGACGUUGUCGCUGUCUGAGAGUCUGACAGGAGACACAGUCUCCCGUUACACUCAGCUCGCCAGGAAGUUGGAUGUGUGGCUGUCUCUUGGGGGAUUUCAUGAGCGAGGACCUAAAUGGGAGACUGACAGACGAAUCUACAACAGUCACAUCAUAAUUAAUGAGGAAGGUGACAUUGUUUCAGUCUACAGGAAGUCUCACCUGUUUGAUGUGGAACUGCCAGAAAAAGGCGUAUCCCUCAAAGAAAGUGCCUUCACCAUCCCUGGAUCUUCCCUCGUGUCUCCGGUCCAAACUCCCAUCGGCAAGAUUGGUUUGGGUAUCUGCUAUGACCUUAGAUUCCCAGAGUUAUCGCUGGCGCUGCAAAGACACGGUGCCGAGAUCCUGACUUACCCAUCAGCCUUCACCGUAGCCACAGGAGCUGCUCACUGGGAGGUGUUGCUCCGCGCCCGUGCCAUCGAGAGCCAGUGUUUCGUAUUGGCGGCGGCGCAGGUCGGUCAACACCACGAGAAGCGCUCGUCAUACGGCCGCGCCCUAGCAGUGGACCCCUGGGGCGAGGUGCUGGGUGACUGUGGAGGAGAGAAACCAGGCAUGGUGCUGGUGGAGAUCGACCUGGACAAAGUCAGCAGCACAAGGAGAAACAUGCCGGUGCAGCAGCACCGCAGAGACUCUGACUUCUAUGACAGUGUUGAGAAAACUUGACGACAAGUGUGUCCACAUUGAAAUCUGUGUAAUCUGCAAGAUUGAAGAUGAAUACAGUCAACAACCUAAACACAACAGUGUGUUUCAGUCAUCAAUUAUCAAGCUGACGCCGGGAAGUUUAAACUGUAGUGUGUAACUUAUACUGUAACGUUACAAUCAAAGCUAAUCUCAUGUCACCCGGUGACAAUCCUCCACUUGCACACAAGGAAGUGAUUUGUUUGAUGUCAAGACAGACUCAAAAUGGCGCGUGUAAUAAAGUGAGAUUAUGACUAAAAUCACAAAGAAUUGUCCAUGAAAAGAACAUGACUGUGUUGGCUUGUAUGUGUUUCUGUUCUACUGUAUCGUUUCAAAUGUUGAAAUGAAUAAUUCAUCCAAGAAUACAUUUGUGGCAGACAAAUAGGACUCACCUCUCUGAACUGAAUGUAUGUCUUAUGUUUUUUUUAAACACUGACUGCUGUCCCGUGAUAGUGGGACCACGUAUUUGCUAUA